GGCUUCAAAGCUUUGAUGCAGAUAAGAGCACAGAUAAACCACACGAUAGCUUUUGGAUUUGGCUGCAGACUGAAACCAAUGGCUGCUUCUUCACUCAUUUCCUCAUCGUUUCUUGUUCCCACUAAACCCUUAACAAUUCAACGCCAGAAUCGGCAGCAACAUAACACCACAAGCUUCAGGAACCGAGCACCCUUCAAGGUCCUAGCUGCCAAGCUUCCCGCUGGGGUUGAAGUGCCAAAAGUGGAGCCAAAAUUCCAAGCACCAUUUCUGGGGUUUACUAGGGUAGCUGAAAUAUGGAAUUCCAGGGCCUGUAUGAUUGGCAUAAUUGGUGUUUUCAUUGUAGAACUGAUACUAAACAAGGGAAUACUUCAGACGAUUGGGGUAGAUGUUGGCAAAGGUCUUGAUAUUCCUCUGUAGAGAGUCAAUCCAUGGAGACAAGAACACAUUACGUACCCCAAAUAUAUAAACUUUGAACACUUUACAUAUGAAAUAUUUCUUCUUCA